GCAAACCUGCUCCUUGGGAGGUGGCAAAACCUGUUUGAAGAUGAGGUUACCUCCCUUCCACACCUCCUGCCUCCUUAGAGGGAGAGCAGCAGCUGACACAGAAAAGUAAAGAGUUGGGGGGGCUGGGGCCACAGCCUCCUAUCCUCCUCAAGUCCCACAGAACACAGGACGACCUGGGAAGAUGGGAAGCAGGCAAGAAUCAGGAAAAGAGAUAUUAGAAGAAGGGACUGAAGAGAAGGCAGGAGCCUCGGAACCAGGAGCAGCUCUGAAACUCGGAGAGCUGGAGCUGAGAGAGGAGUGGCAAGAUGAAGAGUUUCCUAGAUUGCUUCCUGAGGAACCUGGCUCAUCUGGAGACCCUGAAGACCCUCAGAGAGGCUCACAGGCAGGCACCCCCAGCAGUCUGGCCCUGUGCGGCCAGCGCCCUAUGCGGAAGCGUCUUUCUGCCCCAGAAUGGCAGCUGAGUCUGACUGAGGGAACAGGAGAAAAUGGAGCCUCUCCCACCCACUCUGCGUCUUCAUCUUCUGCCGGCAGCUUGGACCUGGAGGUGGAUGAGUUGGAGACACCAUCAGACUCUGAGCAACUGGACAGCGGACAUGAGUUUGAAUGGGAAGAUGACUUGCCCCGAGCAGAGGGCCUGGGGGCCAGUGAGGCAGCGGAAAGACUGGGCCGGGGAUGCGUGUGCGACGUGGCUGGAGAAGACGGUCAUCGCUGGAGAGUGUUUCGAACAGGACAACGAGAGCAGCGAGUGGACAUGACCGUCAUUGAGCCCUAUAAGAAAGUCUUAUCUCAUGGAGGUUACCAUGGUGAUGGCCUCAAUGCUGUCAUCCUCUUUGCUUCCUGCUAUCUACCCCGAAGCAGCAUCCCCAACUACACCUACAUCAUGGAACACUUAUUCAGGUACAUGGUGGGAACCUUGGAGCUGCUGGUAGCUGAAAACUAUCUGCUUGUUCACUUGAGUGGAGGCACCAGCAGGGCCCAAGUGCCCCCUCUGAGCUGGAUCCGGCAGUGUUACCGUACCUUGGACAGGAGGCUUCGGAAAAACCUUCGAGCCUUGGUGGUCGUCCACGCUACGUGGUAUGUGAAGGCCUUCCUGGCACUGGUUCGGCCCUUCAUCAGUUCCAAGUUCACACGAAAGAUCCGCUUUCUGGACAGCCUUGGAGAGCUGGCCCAGCUCAUCUCACUAGAGCAAGUGCACAUACCUGAAGCUGUCCGACAGCUGGACCGGGAUCUGCAUGGCUCGAAAGGCACCUAACACAAAGCUGGGCAGAGGGCCUAGGAUCUGGCAAAGGUCGUGAGUGGUCUGCACGGUGGAGCUGUGACUCGUCUCAUCCUGAGGGCCAGCUCUACUGGAUCCUCACUUCUCAGUGCGCCGCCCACUUCUGGACUCUGCCUUCAAGCUGGGAUUUGAGGGUGGGAACCCCAGGAUGGGAUGGCUUGCAUUUCGGCUGUCCAAAAAGAAGGCUGUGUGGCGUUGGAAGUGUAAGGCUCUGAGUUUUAAUUCUGCUUUAGCUGUAAAUAUGUGGGUCUCAUUUUCCUUCUCUGUAAUCAAAACUACUGGGAUCCUUCCCAGUUUAGUUGUCUUAGCAGUCUUUGAGGGGAGGUGGAUGGAAGGUAAAGAGGGCUUAACCAGCAGCCACAGCCAGCCUGUCUGCCUGGAGCCCAGGAGCCAGCUUGCAAAAUCUUAAAAAAGCCAACCCCUUCUUAGUAGUCCGCUGCCCGUGAUCCUGAGAACUACUGUCAAAACCUGUGUUUUCACUCUCAGUAAAUGCAGACCCGUGGCCUUUAA